AUGAAGGUUAUUCCGUUGAGCUACGUGAUUCAUUCAUACUUUAUGUUACUGGAAUCAUUCACUCGGGCUGUACUCACAAAAGAGAAACAAACUGGCACGUGUGCUGCUGCGGUUAUUGUGCUGGAUCUUGAGGGUCUCAAUAUCACCGACUUCUUGAAUCCACUCAGCACACCAGCUAGACUGGCUCGAUUGGUCGUUAAAGUUUGGUCAGAGUACUUCAGUGAAACUAUUAUCAAAGUCUAUAUCGUGAAUUCACCAGCACUACUGAGCGUAAUGUGGCAAGUAACCAAGUUGAUAAUGGAUAAGAAAACUCAAUCAAGAAUCACGUUUCUCGACAAACCGUCCGAUCUCCUUGAGCAUCUCAGCGCCAAGUCCGUACCGGAAUGUUAUGGUGGUGCACGGCGUGAUGAUAGUGGUUAUGCGGAUCCACCGGAAUCUGCUUGUAAACGAGCGUUACAAGUGACACCGCAGCACUACUACGAUGUGAAUAAAUUGUGGCGAGAGCAUGGCUUUGAACGACUCCCAUCACGAAUCACUACAAUCGCGAUCAAAGGAAACGAAUACGUUGAAGUGAUCAGGUAG